CAUGAUGCAGAUCGGUGCAACGAUUCCGGCGAAUAAUCUUCACGUAUUUCAGGCGAGACGACUCGCCGGAGGCUGUAAUUAUGGGUCUCCGUUGAACCCAUCAGGAAGAGCUUAUUCAACGAAGAGCAUGAUCAAAUCCACCACCUUGUCGACCACAGGACCAACCGGCGACCGGCAACACCUCUCUAAUCUUGAAAAACUUCUGGGUAUCGAACCUCGGGUGAUUCUGACGGAGCCGGAAGUGGUUCAGGAUCCGAGUUCCGAUCACGGGUCGUCGGAAUCGGAAAAUAGAGGAAAAGGUCUCUUGGAAGGGCUGAAUUUACCUCAGAUUUGGCCGGAAAACAAGGCGGCGGAGGAGAUGUCUCCACGGCAUCUCAACCGCUUGCGGCGGUUGUUGUCAAAAAACGGGAUCGAGCAUUCUCCGCGGAACAGUUUAGCUUCAAGGUGGCGGGAGUAUCACGGUAGCGAUAAUUGGAUUGGUUUACUCGACCCGCUUGACGAAAAUCUCCGGCGAGAAAUGAUCCGUUACGGCGAGUUUAUUCAGGCGGUAUACCAUUGUUUUCAUUCUGAUCCCGCCACAUCAGCAGACGAAGCUCCAUCCUCGCGCCAUGUGGCUUUGCCGGAUAAGUCUUACAGGGUGACGAAGAAUCUUUACGCAACCGCAUCAGUCGGGUUGCCAAAAUGGGUCGAUAAACUUGCACCAGGGCUCGAUUGGAUGAGCCAACGGACGAGUUGUAUAGGGUACGUGGCGGUUUGUGAAGAUCCCAGAGAGAUAUCACGUAUGGGACGAAGGGAUAUAGUAAUAUCCCUCCGUGGGACCGCCACGUGUCUUGAGUGGGCCGAGAAUAUGCGGGACCUGCUAGUUCAAGUCCCUGGACCAAAAGAUCCUAAAUACGGUCAACCAAAAGUCGAGUGCGGGUUCUUAAGUCUCUACAAGACUGCAGGAGCCCAUGUCCCAAGCAUGGCGGAGUCGGUGACCGAAGAAAUCAAACGGUUAACGAACUUAUACAAAGGUGAAACCCUAAGUAUUACCGUAACCGGGCACAGCCUUGGUGCAGCAUUAGCGUUAUUGGUGGCUGACGACUUAAGCACUUGUGUGAACGACGUGCCACCAAUAGCUGUUUACACCUUUGGCGGGCCCCGUGUCGGAAACCGUGGCUUCGCUAGACGUUUAAGUUUGCAAAAUGUGAAAGUAUUACGGAUCGUGAACUCUCAAGACUUGAUCACUCGAGUUCCAGGUAUGUUUGUUAGCGAAGAACUUGAUAAAAAGCUAAGAGAGUCGGGUAUUGCUAACAAGGUACUGAACAUGCUCGAUAACAACAUGCCAUGGGCGUACGCUCAUGUUGGGACGGAAUUAAGGGUCGCCACGAGAAGUUCCCCGUAUCUGAAGCCAGACGCGGAUAUGGCAUGUUGUCAUGAUCUGGAAGCGUAUUUACACUUGGUUGAUGGUUUUUUGGCAUCGAAUUGCCCGUUUAGGGCAAAUGCAAAAAGAAGUUUGGUGAAGUUGGUCCACGAGCAAAACUCGAAUAUGAAGAAGUUGUAUAUAAGCAAGGCGCCGGGUUUGAAGCUAAAUCUCGAAAGCAAGGUGCAAAUGUCGAGUUGUUUGCCAAGCCCGUCUCAAUAGAAUUGUAUAAAGUGUUGUUUACUAAACUCUUACCAGUCAAGCAGACACAGACACAUGGUAAGAAAUGCUUACCAACAAUGUUAUCUGAUAAACGCUUAUCCGGUUAGCGGUUAAGUAAAUUUGUAGAUUACAAGAUGAUAUUCUUUUUCCAAUAAGUAUGAUAUGGACUUCUUGAUUUUAUGUAUAUGGAUCAUAUAACAACCACUUAAAUUUUCAUUUAUUUAAAUCCAUGUGUAAUGUAUGUAAUUUUUGUUUUCU